GCGCCCUUUUGGUGCGGUGGCCUGUGCUGUCUGUCCCGGGUCGGGUCCCGAGGAUCUGAUAGCCGCCGCGGUCGGUCGCCACCUGCUUGGCCAAUGUGAGCUGUCUGUCAUUAGUGGACGUGCGCUGAUCCGCACCGGCUGCGACGUAACGAGCUGAUCGCACGCUACAUCAAACUCCGCACUGGAAAAACGCGGACCAGGAAGCAGGUGUCCAGUCACAUUCAGGUGCUUGCACGUCGGAAGGCCCGGGAGAUCCAGGUGAAGCUGAAGGUACGCUACGACCAGGCCGCCAAAGACAAGGCGCUACAGAGCAUGGCCACCAUGUCCUCGGCCCAGAUCAUCUCGCCCGCGGCCUUCCAGAACAAGAUGGCGCUCCAGGGGCUCUCCAGGUCGGCUUACCCCACGAGCGGUGGGUUUUGGCACGGGGCUCUCCCAGGACAGCCAGGAGGCCACGAAGACAUUAAGCCCUUCUCCCAACAGAGUUACGCCAUGCAAGCGUCCGGCCCGGCGCCCAUAACAGGUUAUGAAAGCACUGCGGGGCUGUCCAUGUCACCUGGUGCCCCCCCUUGGCAGGGGAGAUGUAUCGCCGGCUCCAAGCUGCGAAUGCUGGAGUUCUCAGCUUUCCUGGAGCAACCUCAGGACCCGGAGACUUUCAACAAACACCUUUUCGUGCACAUCGGCCAGUCCAACCCCAGCUACAGCGACCCGUACCUGGAGUCGGUGGACGUCAGGCAGAUCUACGACAAGUUCCCCGAGAAGAAAGGAGGCUUGAAGGAGCUGUUUGACAAGGGGCCGCACAAUGCCUUCUUCCUUGUCAAAUUCUGGGCUGACUUGAGUGUGAACCUGCAGGACGACAGCAGUUUCUUCUACGGUGUUUCCAGCCAGUACGAGAGCUCUGAAAACAUGAUCAUCACCUCGUCCACCAAAGUCUGCUCCUUUGGCAAGCAAGUGGUGGAGAAAGUGGAGACCGAGUACGCCCGCUUCGAAAACGGCCGCUACAUGUUCCGCAUCCACCGCUCGCCGCUGUGCGAAUACAUGAUCAACUUCAUCCACAAGCUUAAGCACCUGCCCGAGAAGUACAUGAUGAACAGUGUCCUGGAGAACUUCACCAUCCUGCAGGUGGUGUCCAACAGGGACACCCUGGAGACCCUGCUGUGCGUGGCCUACGUCUUCGAGGUGUCCACGAGCGAGCACGGCGCCCAGCAUCACAUCUACCGGCUGGUCAAGGACUGACACCACGACGGCAACUUUGCCGCUCCUCCGCACAAAGACGCGCUCCUCGGUGAGCUUCAGGCACGAACGCGACCCAGCUCGAGGAGCGCCAACAUUUCCCAGGGACGAAACUACUGAGGAUUGCCAAGACCAGGAACCGGGCUCGGUGUGCGGGACAGUGACGGGAAAGGACCGUAACGCACUGGGGGUCUCCAUACCAAAGCCUGGCCUUGAAAAAGACCUGCAUGAGAACGUUGCCAUUGGUGUUUUCUUUUUUUAAAACUGAUUUUAGUAGCGCUUGUUUUGCUUUGUCAUGCAUGUGCCAGGAGUUAGGCUGACUCAGGGUGCCACCUACUGACUGAAAGAUGAAUGGCACACGUAACUGAAAAUGUUGGCAGAAAAUUGCACAACCCGUUUUGUUUUUUGUCCCCGUGCCAAUCACGUGUGUGCGAUUUGAAUCAUAUUGUAAACCUGCCACAGAUAAGAGAGAGCCUGACUCCGUGAUCAAUCGUAAUCACCUUUUGUGUUUGUGUGUUUGCUGUUUGAAUGUCUCGUGUUGUCUUAAGACUCCCAACAACAACAAAGGCACAUAAUGAUAAUAAUAGUCAUGGUGAUAACACUGCUACCUUGAAGCACAGGACAGUUGGGUUUUUAUCUGGAUUGCAGAGGUCGUCGACUGUCUCGUGUUAUUUGCCCUGAAGUGUCAGAUGAAAAUAUAAGUGUUUCUUACGAAAAAAAAAAAAAAGACUAGUGGUGCAUUUUUGUUUGCAAAAAGGCUUUUACAACUAAAGGCCUUUAAAGCUUUCUUUGCCAUGAUUACAUUUUGGAUUGUAUUCAUUUUUAAUGUUUUAUUAUUGGGCAUUUGCGUUACUGCACUUAUUACAUUAAACGUGAAUGUUUAAUACACUGCCAUUGAUUUGGAUGGGUGCGGAUGAAUAUUGUGUAAAUCAAUGGUUGUAGCAAACGAUUUGUUUUUUGUUAGUGUAUUAAACACGUUUAAUGUAACAUGUA